AUGUCUUCAUUAUUAUCUAAUUUAUUAUCACCCCUAAUGUACAUAAUUCCUAUUUUAAUUGCCGUAGCCUUUUUUACUUUAAUUGAACGAAAAAUCUUAGGUUAUAUACAACUACGAAAAGGUCCUAAUAUCGUAGGCCCAUACGGCCUAUUACAACCCGUAGCAGACGGGAUAAAAUUAUUUACAAAAGAACCGAUCUACCCUAUAAAUUCAUCCCCUAUACUAUUUAUCCUUGCCCCAACCCUUGCCCUAUUACUAGCCCUAUCAGUUUGAAUACCACUACCAAUACCAUUCCCACUUGCGAACCUUAAUUUAGGCUUCCUUUUCUUAAUCGCCAUUUCUAGCUUUACAGUAUACUCAAUUAUAUGGUCCGGUUGAGCCUCAAACUCAAAAUACGCCCUAAUAGGAGCCCUACGAGCAGUCGCACAAACCAUCUCCUACGAAGUAACCCUUGGCAUCAUUCUUAUCUCAAUAGUCUUAUUCUGCGGCGACUUCAACAUACAAACCUUUAUAACAACUCAAGAACCAAUACUACUAGUUUUCUCCUCAUGACCAUUAAUAAUAAUAUGAUAUAUUUCUACCCUAGCAGAAACAAACCGAUCACCAUUCGACCUCACAGAAGGAGAAUCCGAACUCGUAUCGGGUUUUAACGUAGAGUAUGCCGCAGGUCCAUUCGCAUUACUAUUUUUAGCAGAGUAUGCCAACAUCCUAAUAAUAAAUAUAAUUACCACUAUUAUAUUCCUCAAUUCACCUAUAACUACUAACCAACCAGAAUUAUUCACCACAUUUCUAAUCCUAAAAACCAUACUAUUAUCAGCAAGCUUCCUAUGAGUACGCGCCUCCUACCCACGAUUCCGAUAUGAUCAAUUAAUAUUUCUAUUAUGAAAAAAUUUUCUUCCUAUCACAUUAGCAUUAUGCCUAUGACAUAGCUCUAUAAUUAUUACAUUUGCUGGACUACCUCCCAUACUCUAG